AUGUGUGCCUUUCCUUGGCUGCUUCUUCUCCUGCUGCUCCAGGAGGCCAAAGGAGACUCUGGAGAUGGUGUGGAUCCUGAGGAAGUGGUUGCGGUCCUUCAGGAGUCCAUCAGCCUCCCCCUGGAAAUACCACCUGAUGAAGAGGUUGAGAACAUCAUCUGGUCCUCUCACAAAAGUCUUGCCACUGUGGUGCCAGGGAAAGAGGGACAUCCAGCUACCGUCAUGGUGACCAAUCCACACUACCAGGGCCGAGUGAGCUUCCUGGACCCCAGCUAUUCCCUGCAUAUCAGCAAUCUGAGCUGGGAGGAUUCAGGGCUUUACCAAGCUCAAGUCAACCUGAGAACAUCCCAGAUCUCUACCAUGCAGCAGUACAAUCUACAUGUCUACCGACGGCUGUCAGAGCCUCAGAUCACUGUGAACUUUGAGAGUUCUGGGGAAGGUGCCUGCAGUAUGUCCCUGGUGUGCUCUGUGGAGAAGGCAGGCAUGGAUAUGACCUACAGCUGGCUCUCCCGGGGGCACAGCGCUUAUACAUUCCAUGAAGGCCCUGUCCUCAGCACAUCCUGGAGGCCAGGGGACAGUGCCCUCUCCUACACCUGCAGAGCCAACAACCCCAUCAGCAACGUCAGUUCUCGCCCCAUCCCUGAUGGGCCCUUCUGUGCAGAUCCUAACUAUGCUUCUGAGAAGCCUUCAAUAGCCUUCUGCCUCCUGGCCAAGGGAUUGCUCAUCUUCUUGCUCUUGGUAAUUCUGGCCAUGGGACUCUGGGUCAUCCGAGUCCAGAAAAGACACAAAAUGCCAAGGAUGAAGAAACUCAUGAGAAACAGAAUGAAAUUGAGGAAGGAGGCAAAGCCUGGCUCCAGCCCUGCCUGACUGCUCCUUGGGAACCCCAGUCCUGAGCUUGGUUUCUUCCCAGCACCCAGAGAAUCCUUCCUCAGCAAUCUUCUUUCCAGGGGAAGGA